ACACACACGCACACGAACCAACGUCUCAGUGUCUCACACCGACACACACUCACACACAGGCAAAUCGUAACCAGUAUUGUUGUCCGCUUUUGUGACUUUUGUGUCGCCGUGUUCCGUUUUUAUUAUUCGUCAGAAUCGCCUAAUACACGUACAUAAAACUGUCGAACACAUCGUUCGUCUCACAUUGUUCGAACGGACCACUGUACGCGGACUAGUCACCGGAAACGUCGAUCUCCGUGUCCAGCCUGCCCAUUAAUUUCGGCGUACACCAUUUUCUAAAGUUUAAAUCAAAUCUCCCGUUGCUCGCGCUGUAACCGGCCUGCAAUAAUGUCCGAACCAGCGAAAGGCGAGGAAUUAGCCACUGCAAUUUUGAAGCAAAAAGAUCGUCCAAAUAGGCUCAUUGUAGAAGAAGCCAUCAACGAUGAUAACUCAGUCAUUGCAUUAUCUCAGGCUAAAAUGGAUGAAUUACAACUCUUUCGUGGAGAUACCGUGUUGCUAAAAGGCAAACGCCGUAAAGAAUCUGUUUGUAUUGUAUUAUCUGAUGAAACUUGCCCAGAUGAAAAAGUACGCAUGAACAGAGUUGUGCGUAACAAUUUACGUGUCAGAAUAUCAGAUAUUGUUCAAAUACAACAAUGUCCUGAUGUAAAGUAUGGAAAACGUAUUCAUGUGCUUCCGAUUGAUGAUACAGUCGAAGGAUUAACUGGAAAUUUGUUUGAAGUUUUUCUUAAACCCUACUUCUUAGAAGCAUAUAGACCUAUACAUAAAGAUGAUAAUUUCAUUGUUCGUGGAGGUAUGAGAGCUGUAGAAUUCAAAGUUGUUGAAACUGACCCAUCACCAUAUUGUAUUGUUGCUUAUGACACAGUUAUACAUUGUGAAGGGGAUCCAAUCAAAAGAGAAGAAGAAGAAGAAGCUUCGAACACAGUUGGUUAUGAUGAUAUUGGAGGUUGCCGCAAACAAUUGGCACAGAUUAAAGAAAUGGUUGAACUCCCACUCAGACAUCCAAGUUUAUUCAAGGCUAUUGGUGUAAAACCACCUAGAGGAAUUUUGUUAUAUGGACCUCCUGGUACUGGAAAAACACUUAUUGCCCGUGCUGUUGCAAAUGAAACUGGGGCAUUCUUUUUCUUAAUCAAUGGUCCUGAAAUUAUGAGUAAACUUGCUGGUGAAUCUGAAAGUAACUUAAGAAAAGCUUUUGAAGAGGCUGAUAGAAACUCUCCUUCCAUUAUUUUCAUUGAUGAAUUAGAUGCUAUUGCACCCAAACGUGAAAAAACUCAUGGUGAAGUAGAACGUCGUAUUGUAUCUCAAUUACUAACACUCAUGGAUGGAUUAAAAUCUUCAUCUCAUGUCAUUGUAAUGGCUGCAACCAAUCGUCCAAAUUCAAUAGAUUCAGCUCUCAGACGUUUUGGACGCUUUGAUAGAGAAAUCGAUAUUGGAAUACCAGAUGCUACUGGGCGUUUAGAAGUAUUGCGUAUACAUACUAAGAACAUGAAACUUGCUGAGGAAGUUGACUUGGAACAGAUUGCUGCUGAAACUCAUGGUCAUGUUGGUGCUGAUCUUGCCUCAUUGUGUUCUGAAGCUGCCCUGCAACAAAUCCGUGAAAAAAUGGACUUGAUAGAUUUAGAAGAUGAUCAAAUUGAUGCUGAAGUAUUGAAUUCAUUAGCUGUCACCAUGGAAAACUUCAGGUAUGCCAUGGGUAAGAGUAGCCCAAGUGCUUUAAGAGAGACAAUAGUUGAGGUUCCAAAUAUUACAUGGGAAGAUAUUGGAGGUUUGGCUAAUGUGAAACGUGAAUUACAAGAACUUGUUCAGUAUCCAGUUGAACACCCAGACAAGUUUUUGAAAUUUGGUAUGCAACCUUCAAGAGGUGUUUUGUUUUAUGGACCUCCAGGUUGCGGUAAAACUUUAUUAGCAAAAGCCAUUGCUAAUGAAUGUCAAGCUAACUUUAUAUCAGUAAAGGGUCCAGAACUGUUAACUAUGUGGUUUGGUGAAUCAGAAGCUAAUGUCCGUGAUAUCUUUGAUAAGGCAAGAGCUGCUGCUCCAUGUGUACUCUUUUUCGAUGAGUUAGACUCCAUUGCUAAAUCUAGAGGAGGAAAUGUUGGUGAUGCUGGUGGUGCAGCCGACAGAGUAAUCAACCAGAUUUUAACUGAAAUGGAUGGUAUGGGCGCCAAAAAGAAUGUAUUCAUUAUUGGUGCUACCAACAGACCUGAUAUCAUUGAUCCUGCUAUUCUUCGUCCAGGACGUUUAGAUCAAUUGAUCUAUAUUCCUCUGCCUGAUGAAAAAUCACGUGAAGCCAUUUUCAAGGCAAAUUUGAGGAAAUCUCCUGUUGCCAAAGAUGUUGACCUCGACUACAUUGCAAAAGUCACUCACGGUUAUUCUGGUGCUGACUUGACUGAAGUAUGUCAACGUGCCUGCAAACUUGCGAUUAGGCAAAGUAUUGAGGCAGAAAUAAGACGUGAGCGUGAAGCUGCCUCAAACCAAGGAAUGGAGACUGAUGUUGCUGAAGAUGACCCCGUCCCAGAAAUCACAAAAGCUCACUUUGAAGAAGCUAUGUUAUAUGCCCGUCGUUCUGUAACUGACAACGACAUACGCAAAUAUGAGAUGUUUUCUCAAACAUUACAACAAUCUCGUGGUUUUGGCACUAAUUUCAGGUUCCCCACAACGACAGGCACACCGGCUGCUAACAAUGCAACAACUGGUGGUGAUCAAGCCACAUUCCAAGAUGAUGGCGACGAUGACUUGUACAACUAAGCCUGUUUUCCCUUCCCUCAAAUAAUAGAUUUAAUGUAUAUUCAAAGAUUUAAGAAUGAUUCAAGCAUUUUUUUUUUUUUUUUUAUAUAUAUUUUAAAAUAAAAUAAAGAAAUUUAAUACACAUUUGA